AUGGCUAAUCUAAGGUCAAGCAACAUCAAUAAAUUUGCACCCAGUUUUGAUAAAAUCAGAUCUAUAGUUGAAACAGAUGGCGCUUGUUUAAUUAGGGGGCUGAUUCCGAAAGACAAAGUGUCAAAAGCAUUAGCAGUUGUAACUCAGCACUUGUUUGAAGAACAGAUGAUUCCAAGUAUUAAUGACUUAACUAUUCUGGAUAAUAAGCCAGGUAAACUUUUGUCAGGGUACCAACCAGUGACUCAUCAUCCUAACUUUUUGUAAUAUAUUCUAUUGUCUUAUUUACCUAGCUAGCUGGUUGAGUGCAACGAACUGAAGCUUUUCUUUCAAUUAUACUUCAAAAGCCCAAAGGUCUCAACGUUCAACACAAAAUGGCUCAGAAUCAAAGUUCCAAUGAAUCUAGAAAAUGGGCCAUUAAUUUUAUGCAAGGGUUCUAAUAAAUGGGAAGCCUAUGAUACCUAUAUGUAGAAUGCUGAAGAGCUACCCCUGAUAUUUAAAGACAAAUGCUAGUAAUAAAGCUAUUGGCUGACCAGUUUUGAUAUUAAGGAAGGAGAUUUCAUUCUAUUUCACAAUAAGACACUGCAUGGUUCACUGAUCAAUCAAACACAAAAGUAUAGGAUAAGUGUUGACACUAGGUGGACAAAAUAAUAAUGA